GCGCAACAAACGCUUCAGGGAGAACCAAUCGACGAAGAAGCUGAUAGAGAAAAGCGCGAGUUUUAAAUUCACGUGGUGCUGAUAAGUUGAGUAGCUUGCCCCGCGAAGUUGCAACUAAACACCACUCGGCAAGAUGGAAAAAGUUCGCAGGAAACGUAUAAACAAUUCGUUGGACAAACUACGGACUUUGUUGCCGCAUUCAGUAAACAUUAAGAAAGACAUGGCAUCUUUGCUGGAACAAACAGUUGAAUACAUCAAUAUUAUGCACACAGUAUUGAAUGAAGACAAGCCAGCUUGUUUAAAUAAGGUCUAUAUCGCAUACCGACAAAAAACAGAAGAAAUUGAAAAUUUUCGAAAAUCUUUGAAGAAAACAAUUUCAAGUAACACAAGUGCAAAAAGAUCUAAAUCUUCUGAACCAGGUUGUUCUUGGGGUCAUUCCUUUUCAAACUACACUCCACAACCAUCAUCAUCAAAUUCAGAUGUUGAUCCGUUAUUGAAACACUCAUGCAUGGCACCAUCCUAUUAUGAUGCAUUAUCUGCAAGGAUGGGAAAUCACCCAUGGUCACAUCAGAAGACGAUACAAGAUUCCAUGUUUGCCUCACAACCUUCUUUCAGUGGUCAAUCACAAUCAGGACAGUUGAUAUCAAUCCCAAUGCAAACUACAGCAAGUACAUCAAGAUCCAUCUACUAUCCUCCAGCUGCAAAUGUGCCAGUGAAACAAUUUGAUGGGAAUUUCACGUUUUCACACGUCAGUGAAAAUGGUGAAAUAACUGAACAGCAGAAACCAAAUGGAGUUACAAAUGUGAAGUCUGAAACGUGGCAACCGGUUUUACAAUCAAAUGAAGUUUUAACAUCCAAGGCAAGUUCAUCUACUGCUGUUGAUUUAGUAAUGGGUUCUGGAAAACUGAUUGCACCCAACAACCAACCUAACACAUGUUCCACUGACUGGUAUCGUGGUUUUUAUGGAAGCUCAACUUUACAAAGUACUCCACAUUGCAACAAGAAUGUUUCAACAAAACAACAUACACCAAUAUUUGAUGAGAACAACAACACUCCUUCUGUUGACAAACCAACUGAACUAACCCUCCCUAAAGAUGCAGCAACCAACCACCAUACACCAUCACCUACAACUUUGCAGAUAAACUUACAAGAGAAAAAUAGUGAAUCAGCGAACAGAAACAUUAAUUGUGACAUUGCAUCUGCUGCUGUCGCAACUGGAAUCUUGAAAUGUGGGAAUUCUCCUUCCAACAAGCAAAGUAUUUCAUCUCCACCCGAAUUGUACUUUAAUGAUGUGAGCAACUUACAGAACAACAUAUCCAACCAAUAUGCCCCAUGGUUAGCCACAUGUUCCCUACCUCCAUUAAGUUUGGGAAACUUCAUGUCUAACCAGUCACAAUGCAACAACAGUGUCUUCACAACUAGCAGCACUGUAAAGGAUGUCAUGUCCGGUUCCAACUCAUCAAAAAGUUCGUAAUAUCCUGUGCAUUAAGUUCCAAAUUUCUGUUUAUUUCUUCAGCUAAGUUCAACUCCUAAUACAUAUAUGUUGGGCCACUGUUAAGUCCAGUCUUUGUUUCAUAUUUGCUCCCUAAUAUGCAAGUGGUGUGCAUUGAGAGCAAAAAUGGCGGAAAGUGCAAUUGUAUUUUUAUUUCAAAUUUGGUGUUGAGGCACCGAGAUAAGUUCUCAACAUUUCUUGAUUCCCGCGAACAAGUUUCACUUUAAUAUUUUCACGGCUCAGUACCUUAUGAGCUUCAUACCUAAAAGUAUGGUUUAAUGUAUAUGAAACUUUAACAAUGAAAUAAUACACAUCAUAUUAGAAGUCCUGCAUAUUACAAUUCAUCUAAAUUGAAACUCUUAAAGUUGUAACAGAGCACCGCAUAAGGAUUUCUAUUGUACAAAGUGCAACUACCUAACCCAUAGUAAACAAUGAAACUAAUUAAGACUUAGAUCGCUGCAAGAAAGAGCGCUCUACCACACCACUACAGUAUUUAAAAUCUUCAUGUAUUACACCAUUCUGUUGUUUUAAAAGUUUUGUUCAUAUAUCUUUCAAUUACAAUUUCGUUCAUAUAUUUUCAGUUGUAAUACGACCACUGUUUCUUCUUUGUGUGAUUUACUUUUUGUUUACUUAACAACUCACCUGUGGCAACCACCAAAUGAAUAAAAAUAAUCUCCACCUUC